AGCCAGUCAGAGCUACGUUUCCAUCGUCAAUAGGAAACGAGGGAAGCGUCCUUAGAGAUGUUGUUAGUACUGUAACUUUCGUAUCCUUCUCCCCUCUGCGUACACAAUGUCUGUGUUAAACAACUGACAACCGAUCGGUAUUGCCACAGAGGCUAAUGAGAAAACGAUUGGAAGUUUGGAAGUAACCAUGACUGCAGCUGCUCUCAUAGGGGACCAACUGAUCCUUGAAGAGGACUAUGAUGAAAGCUAUACACCCUCUGAACAAGAGAUCCAAGAGUACGCAAGAGAGAUUGGCAUUGAUCCCGACAGUGAGCCGGAGCUCCUGUGGCUGGCCAGGGAAGGCAUUGUUGCCCCGCUGCCUCCCGAGUGGAAGCCUUGCCAGGAUGUGACGGGGGAUAUCUACUAUUUCAACUUCUCCUCGGGACAGUCCACAUGGGAUCACCCGUGCGACGAGCACUACCGCCGCCUGGUGGCCCAGGAGCGUGAGCGCGCCCAGCUCACGGCCGCUGCAGGAGGCACAGGGGCGAAGAAGGACAAGGACAAGAAGAAGAAGAAAGAAAAGAAGGAGAAGAAAGAGAAAAAGAAGAAAGAGCCGCUCAAGACUCCUGGAGCACUGAGUUCAGCCCUGGGACCUCUACCAUCCCCGCUGGGCAGCCUGGCUCCUCUGAGAGGUCUGGAUGCUCUCGGCCCAGGCCCUCUGCCUGGUUCUGCCCCUGGUCUGCGGCGGCCCCUUGGCAGCACUGGGGGACUGGAGCCCCUAAAGACAUCCCUUGGGGGUCCUCGGAGCAGUGGAGCAUCUAGUGUUUUAGGCAGCAGGCAGGAGGAGAGGGUGUCUCUCACUCUGCCUGGCUUUGAUGAUGAUGAUGAUGAUGUUGAUGAUGACGACAAUAAGAAAAUCUCCGAAAUCGAGCCGAGUCCUCGCGGUUCAGACCGAUUAUUGAAGAACCUUCAUCUGGACCUGGAUGCACUUGGAGGAGGCCUACAUUAUGAGGACAGUGAAGCCAGUGGUGAAGCUCCAGCUGAGGAGAGAACAGAGCCAGAGUUGCAGGACUUGGCCUUAUCUGGAGACCACAGCCCUGAACCACCAUCCCAACAGGACUCUCUGUGGGGCCGCCGCCUCCACCUGUCCUCACUGGCGGGCAGCAGAAACCAUGUCAGUGAGGAGGGGGCACAUGCUGGAAACUCUGCUGAACAGGAGGUAGCAGAGGAGGUGAAUGAGGUGGUGGAGGAGGAGGAGGAGGAGCAGGAGGAAGACAAGGAUGUUCAGAGAGAGAAGGGAGAGGAUGAAGGAGGAGGGAAAGCAGAGGAGGGAGAGACAGAGGAGAAAGGAGAGUUAGAAAAUGAGCUGCAGGAUGGAGAGGCACAGGACGAGGAAGCGGAUGAGAGGGAAACCAAAGAAGAGGGGGAGGAGAUGGAGGACGAGCAGGGAGGAAGUAAAGGGUCUAUAGGAAGCAAGAAUGAUGAGGAGGAGGAGGUGGUAGAGAGCGAUGAGGUAGAGGAGGAAUGCUGUGAGGGCGAUGAUGGAGAGAUAGAUGAAGGCGAUGGUGGAGUGUCAAAAAACGUCCAACACAGUGACAAGCAGGAGAGCAAGGAAAGAGAGGAAAAUGACAGCGACGUGGAAAGUUGUUUCAAAAGCCAACAGCAUGAGGCCAAAGACAGAGAAGAGAAUGUGGAGAGUGACGGGGCAGGGGAGAGUUUAACGGAGGAGAAAGAAGAGGUGAAGGAAGAGAUACAAGCGGAAGAAUUUGAGGAAGGUAGCGAUGAAGUUGUAGAGAAAUGCUUCAAAAGCGAUCAAGACGAAGGGAGUGAGGAGGAGGACGAAAAUGACAAAGAGAGGGAAGAGCUUGAGGGAAGUGUAGAUGACGAAGAAGGGCAGAAUGAGAAUGAGGAAGUGGAGAUAAAUAGCGAAAGAGAGCAAGAAAAGGAAAAAGAGGAGGAGGAGGAGAUAAAUAGCGAACGAGAGCAAGAAAAGGAAAAAGAGGAGGAGGUGGAGAUAUAUAGCGAAAGAGAGCAAGAAAAGGAAAAAGAGGAGGAGGAGGAGGUGGAGAUAUAUAGCGAAAGAGAGCAAGAAAUGGAAAAAGAGGAAGAGGAGGUGGAGAUAUAUAGCGAAAGAGAGCAGGAAAAAGAGGAGGAGGAGGAGGAGGUUGAGAUAAAUAGUGAAAGAGAGCAAGAAGAGGAGGAGGAGGAGGGUGAGAACGAUGAGGCUUUGGAGAGAUGCUCCCUGAGCCAGGGGAAAGUGAUAGAGAGUGACGAGGAGGUGUUAGAGAGAUGUCUACAGAGCGAAGGGGGAGACACAGAGGGGGAGGGGCUGGAGGUAGAUGAUGAAUCAGACGCCCAAAAGCCCCAAACUGCAUCGGAGAGUGAGGAGCAAGUCGUUGAGGUUUUUGAGGCUGGAGCGGCUCAGGUUCGACCCGCCAAGCUAAACAAGAAGAUGAUGCUGAGUGACCUUAGAACGCUUGACCAAAUAAGAAAAACUCUUGCUGGCAAGAUGAAGAAUGUGACAAACAAAUCCCCCCUUCCUGCAGAGGAGUCUGAGGCCAGUGAAGACAUUGAGAAGGCUUCAUCCUCCAUAGAUGUCAAGCUGUCGGAAAAGGUUCUGGACAUCAACGACCUGUCCGGCACUGUCAGUCCACUGGAGAGAGACGAUAAAGAGGAAACAAAAGAGGAAGAGGAGAAUGAAGGGGGGGCAAAGACACAGAAGGCUAAGGCUGCCAAGAGCCAUUUGCAGGCUGCUGGCAAAGACAACCCUCUAGCAAUAAAAGUUGACCGGCUCGUCCUCCACCAGCUCAGCCAUUCGCCCUCCCUCUCAAGCUCGUCCCGCUCAGAGCAAGCUGACAUGCUCCGUCUGAAAACCGAAAGCCUCGGCACGUCUCUGGGGCUACAAAGGCCUGAGACCUCCAGAGGUCGGCUGGUCCGCACUUCCAACACCCAACUUGAAGACACUGAACCCCCCUUACAAAACCAGGAGAGCCCACUGGAAGAAGAGGGCGGCCCGAGAGUGUGGAAAGACAGAGAAAAGAAAGAGAGGGAGAAAGAGGAGGAGGAGGAGGAGGAGAGGAAGAGGGCAGAGAAAGAGGAAAGGAGUCUGAGAGAGAGGAAGGUAGAGAGGGAGAGGAGGAAGGCUGAUCAAGAGGAGGAGGAGAGGGAGAAUAUGAUGAAGGAGAAGGAGAAGAGAAUGCGUCUCCUCCAGGAGGAGCUGAGGAGAAAAGAGGACGAUGAGGAGAGGAGGCUGAAGGAGGAGAGUGAGGAAAGACUGAGGGCUCUGCGGCAGCAUCUCGUGUCUAAGAGGAGAGAGGAGGAGGCCAGGCUGAAUGAAGAGUCUGAGAGGACUCUAGAGGAGCUCAGAGAGUCUGUCCGCGGGGAGAGGGAGAGGCAGCAACACCAACUCAGGAAGGAAAGUGAGGUCAUGCUGAAGGAGUUACGCAUCACUCUAGAGGAAGAGCGAGUAGCGGAGCGCGACAGACUGGAGGCCCAGAAGAGGCAGGACACUGAGCGUCUGAAGGCUGAGUCGGAAAAAGAGCUGCAAGCGGAGAAGAGGAGACUCCAGGGAGAGAGGGAGGAGAAACUAAACUCCCUGAAACACGAGGUCAAUAUCACAGAGAAGAGGAGGGAGUUCAUGAGUCCACGUCCUGAACAGCAGCUGGCAGAUUACCACCGAGAGCUAGCUGAUGUUCUUCAGGAAGUGCGGGAGGAAGUGCAGCGCGAUCACGAGAGGAAGCUGGAGCAGUUGAGGGAGGACCACAGAAGAGAGAUGAACAGCAUCAGAGAGAAAUACCUGGAUGAGGAGACUGCUCAGAGGGCGCGCUUGCUUUCUACUCUGCAGGAGGACAGAGAGCAUCUGCAGGCCUCGCAUGCUGUCCAACUGGAGAAACUCCGCUUGCAGCUCAACACACAGAUACAAAAGACACAGCUGACACACUCGCGCAAGGAGUCAGAACUGGAGGACCUAAAAGAUCAGAUGGAGCUGAGAGCCAGAGAGCUGAAGAACCAGGAGGCCAUGCUGCAGACCAAGGUAGCAGAUCUGAAGAGGAGGAGGAAGAAGCUUGGGGAGGAAGAGGAGGAAGUGGACAGACAGAUAGAGGCCUUACCCCGGCUGAUCCAGGAGAGAGACCAGCUGACAGAGGAGCUGGAGAGGAUGAGAGAGGAGAAAACUCAAGCCAGAGAACUCCUUCAGAGAGCCAGGGAAGAGAGAAGUGAGGCCAAGGAGGAGGGGGAGAGGCUGAGGGAGGAGAGAGACAAAGCCAGGGAAGAGAGCAGGAGGUCCAAGGAGAACAAGGAGCGACUGGAGAGCAAGGUGGCGCUGCUGCAGGAGAGAUGCGACCGUCUCAGUCGCAGAGUCAGUGAGCUAGAACAAGGCGAAGGAGCAGGCACCUCCACCAGACCAGAACCUAAACAGGACAAAAAGAAGGCAGAGAAUGCAGAGGUGACGGCGCCCUCCAGUGACAGGAGAGACUCAUCGCUACAUGUAGAAGACCUGGAGGACCUGCCACUCUCCCCUGUACCCGACAGCCACAGCAGCAUGGACGAGUUUCAACGCUACAUCUCCACACAUGGCGCAUCCAUCCAAAAAACCAAAGUCUUCCUGGAGAGGGAGAGCAGCCGGCUGAUGGAGAGACGGGCAGCUCUGCGGGCGGCCCAGACCAGCUCCUUCCAGGACCCCAACCACGAUGGAGGGGUGACUGAGGAGAUGACAAGAAACCUCCAGCAGGAGGCCAGAAAUGUGGUGGAGCUGCAGCGGGCGGUUCAGAGAGGAACCACUCUCCUGCGGAGGAAAGAGGAGCAACUCCAGCAGCUAGAGAGCUCUAUAGCUGAAGAGCCGCUGUUUGAGGGUCUGUCUCGGCUGGCAGGAGAGAGGAAGGUGACUUUUGAUGUGACUGAAUCUGACCUCAGCAGCACUGUGGACCCAUUGGAUGGAACAGGCGGUCAUCCUACAGUCCCGGACAAAGUCCAGGAGUUAGCAGAGUCUUUGCAGCAGAUCUCAAGCCAGCUCAACACCGUCCUGAGUGCGUUGGGUUCACUGGACCAGAGGCAGAACGCCACACCCUAUACAGCCUUCCCUCUGCAUCUGUCUCAACCUCACUCCACCCCAGCUCCCACCUCCACCUCUGCAUCAGUCAUGCACCAGAUGCACACCCUGGGCCCCAGCUCCUCAGCCCCACCUCCCCCAGUGAGGCUUUCAGAGCCAUCCUGGAACUGGGCGCCCCAAGGCACCUCCGCAGCCACCCCUCUUUUCAGUACCCGCAUCAGCAGUGGGUUGAGGGGCUCUGAGGAUCUCAUCAACAGCCGAUGGAGCCAGAUUUUCUCCAGAGGAGCUAUGGACCCGAUCGCCUCCAGCACCAUGGGGCCUACCUCCGCAUACUCAUCAUACACUCCUGCUAGUGAACAUGGUCGUAGCCUGCGGCCCAUGCAGAAGUCAGUGGAGGUAGACGGCCAGAAGCUGCAGGGCCUGAUUGACGGCAACAAGAGGUGGCUGGAGAUGCGCAAAAAAGACACCAGCAUACCUCUGUUCACUCGCUAUCCGGCUCCUUCAACCAAGAGCGGCCUGCUCCAGCUAGGCCUGGACGAUAACAACCAGAUCAGAGUCUAUCAUUACUGAGGACAUGACACACAGUUCAGUCCUGUUGCACUGUGACUGUCACUGAGGACUUUGAAGCAUUAAUGACUUUGACAGGUCAGCGUUGUGACGUUUACACGCGGGGCCUCACGUGAGCGUCCCCUGAUUCAUUCCUUUUAAAGAAAAAACUUUCAGUGCAAAGGUUUUCAGGGAAAGUCCAACCUCAUCUGCAGGGAUUUGAGAAAGAGAUGACUGCAGAGGACAUGGCAAUUCAGGGAGCAACGUGUCACAGAGGGCUGAGGACAUGUAUCCUCCAACAUUAGAUAUGGCUGUGAGCAACAGGAGACCUUUUUAAAUCAAAUCAAUCAAUCUUCAAUGUCACGUUUACAGAUUAUAGAUCAAUGCCAGACUUGGGCCAAAUGGUUUACUGUAGUUUACUUUGAUGCCCAAUGGGAAAGUCAAGUUUACUAAACUUCUUUUACUGAAAACAUCCCAGACACUUAUAUUCAUGUUGUGAACCCAUUUGCUGCUGUAGGCAGGAAAUAACACUACAUGGUAGUGUUUUUCAGCUGCACAGAGGUCAAGUUUCAUUUCAUGACAGGUUACAUUUGUAUUUAUUAAACUGGUUUUUUAAGUGUCUUGUGUGGGAAAUGUAAGUUUUGAACUAAUGUCAUUAGAUUUAGUUGUUUUAGCCGGUCAGAAACAGAAAUCACUGUUUGUAAAGGUGAAGCCAAUCCACUUUUAUUUUACAUGACAUAUUCCACAGAUGUUGGCGCAGCAGUGAGCCGUUGAUUAGUGUAACUUUAACAUAUGUGAAGGCAGCGAGAAAAAAAAAAUGUCUUGUGCAUAUAGAAGUGUAAAUAAAUGCUGUAUUUUUCUAUAAAAUAUUUUAAUAAACAUUUUAUAUAUAGGCUAAUCAUG